AUGGUGUGCUCCAUGAAGUUGGCCCUGUUGCACUUCUUCCUUGUGCCAGCUCAUGGUGUCAGGUGCGAAGGGUUUCGGCGAGACUUGUGCAAAGACGCAGAGCCUUUGUGCGAGACCAGCCAGUUCGAGGACUGUGUAUGCGCAGAGGGCUUUUGGCCGCAAGUCGAUGGUGUGACGGAGCAAGGAGUACGAUUUGGAUGCUGUCCAGGACGUGGAAUCAGUGAGUGUGGCCCACUGCGAGAACCGAUUGGGACUUUUGCGCAGGUCUUUCUUUCGGUGUCUCUGAUGUGCAUUUUGCUAACGACUUUGGUGAUUCACUUUAAGCAUCCACAAGCUCAGAGGAUCAUGAGCGGGGAUUCUGAAGUUGAGACCGCGCCAGUUGUGCGUGAUGGUGCGACGUUGCAUAGAGAGGUUCCGAUGGAGCGUUGGUGCGUCAGCCUCGAGGAUCUCAAGCAAUUCAAGCGGCUAGUUGGGCAAGCUGUGAUGGAUGGGCGCAUCAGACCUACUGAGAGAGAUGCGUUCGACCCCCAAGACCAUGCCAUCGGCCCUUCCAUGUACACCGUGAAUGACCAGUACAUCAAACCAGUCACAGCCGCAGCGGGGAAUGUCAGUUGGGCUCUGAUGAAAAAUCCAGAAGGCCUGCAAUGUGACCUUUUUAUUACUCACGCAUGGGCCGAAGGCGUUUUCGAGUUCGUUGACAAGGUGGUACAGAGCUGGCCACGCAGAGCGACAGCCGCGUACGUGUGCUUCUUAUCCAACCCACAGAAUUUGGAUAUUGGGGAUUUGAUUGCAACACCAGAGGAGUCACCGUUUGCAAAGGCCCUAGACUCUUCAUGGCAUGUUUUGGCAGUACCAAAUCGCACGGGCAGCAUCUAUGCCAGGCUUUGGUGUGUGUAUGAGGCCUUUCUGGCAUAUUCUUGGAACAAGCCCAUCACUCUGGCAACAGGGCGUGAGCUGAAUGCGUGGGCUUACAUGUACCGCAUCAUAAACCUCAACCAGGUGGCUUUGUCUGCUGGCUUGCUGACGCCCUUGAGGUAUGCGACGAUGCUUUACGCACCAGCGAUUGUCCUAGUUAUCCCUUUCAUGAUCCUGUUUCUUCUCUCCUUCACUCGUUGUGGUGGAUACAAGGCGUUCCUUCAAAGUGUUGCCGUGCUGGGCGUCUCAGUCACUGCCAACCUGAGCUAUGCUUUCGCUAUUGUUCUUGGUCGGGCUUUGUACGAGCACAACUGGCUCAACGCUGUGCAGUACAUAUCCUUGGGGCUCGUUGGCACAGUCGCGAUGGAAGUCGACCGACUGAAUUCGGUGUCAGCAGACGAGGCUGCACGAAAUCUUCGCAAAGGCUUCACAGGGCACUUGGCAGAUGCCACGUGUUCAGAUGAAGCUGACGGACUCAGAAUCCUGGAGCAGCUGCGCAGAAGUGGCCACGAGGCAGACGUUGAAACGGCUGUGGAAGUUCUGAUGAAAAUGAACAUUUCAACCCCCGAGCUGCGAGCUACAAUCGCAAGGACCGGGACUUUAACAGAUGCUUCCCACUGGAGCCGGGCGGUUCUUUCUGCCACCUUCAUUGCAUUUUCUGGUUUUGCUCCAUUGGUCCUGGUGGAAUAUGGACACCGGAUUUUUGGUCCACUGCAAGGAUCAUGGUUCCAAUGGCUCUUGGUCAGUUUAUCGGCAUUGGAGGCUCUAGUAUUUAUAGCGCUGUUCCUUGUGUUGCCAUGUGACAAGAAAGCCUUCGCUGCCAGAGUUCAAUCGUUGUGGUUGGUGCUUUGGCCUGUUCAUACUUUGGGCUUUGCUUCGGGCAUCCGGUAUUACGCAGUGGUGGUUCUUCUCUACUGCCCACUACUCUUAGCUAUUUCACUGAUGGGACCCGCGAAAGUGGCACAGAUCCCGUGCAUCGGACCACGAUUUGUUCGAUUGGUCUUUGGCAAGCCACGGUGCCUGAGGAUGUUCGGAUGUACGAGGAAGGCAGAAUCAGAAGUAAAAGACAACCACGAUGCCGAUUUCUCCGCUUCGCACGGGACCUGCUCACCGAAGCAAGGUGGGCGCGCUUGCAGCUCUGAUAUGAUUUGA